AUGAUCCCCAUCAUCCGCGUGCAGGACCUCGAAGCGUACCCUUCGUUCGCGAGCACGUGGGCCUAUAUCACUUCCAGCUUACUCGAGGCGGAUGGGUCGGGUAAAGCGGCGAAUGAAACUCGUGCGCGAGCUCGAGGGCGAGGGCGGAGUUGGGAGGGGAUUGGUCGUGGUCGUGGUCGUGGGUGGUAUGGAUCUGGACCUGCACCUGCACCGGGCGAGGGAGGAGGAGCUAGACAGGGAGAGCAGGAUAGGAGAAGAGGAGAUGGGCAGCACGAGGAGACGCGGGAAGGGGAGAGUGAUGGUAGUGGAAGUGAAAGUGGUGAUGGAGGUGAGGAGGGUAGGAGAGCAACAGACGCGCAGGAGGAGGACCGAGACGGGGAGAGUGAUGAUACUCGCGGGCCUCACUCUCAUGCGGUCCGCGACGGUGAGGAGAAUUGGUCGCUACCGUCGUCCUCGGCAGGUCUGGAAGAGCUGCUGCUUGCCGUGAGGGCGAGGCGUAUGAGAGAUGGUAUUUUGAGGGAGAUACUCUCCGAGGUUGCGUACUUGGACGAGGAUGAGGGCGUGGAAGAAGGAAGCAGGUCUGAAAAGUCAAGUCGGAUACCGGUGCCCGCUCCUGUGGGGACGAGGCUAGAGUACGAUCAGGAUAACACGAAUACUGACGCGGGAGAUGAGUCGGUGAAGGCUGCCUCUUCAGCUACGCAUGGGCAAGGUAAGGGAGGACUAUCGGUACGACUACCAACACGACUACGAGACCUUGCCCUGAUUAUCUCGGCGUACCUCGACGCCGCCGCUGGGCUGGAUGGGCGGUCUGAAUCUGGAGAAGAUGAAGAUCUUCUCUCCGAGGACAUUGACCUGUUCAGGGCCAGUAUCUCAAAUAUCGCAGAAGUGGUCUCCUUGCGGGCCAUCGCCAGCGAAUCCUCUCUCUCCGCACUCUCACAACUCGCUUCCGAACGAGAUGUCGACUCCCACCUGGGCCUCUCGUCGCUAUUUUCCUCCCUGCGGGUCCAGGUCGAGAAGUUGAAUGCUCUACGCACAAACGCCCUGCCAUCGUCCCUCGCUCGUCUGGCUUCGACGUUGCAUUCCCUGCUCACGCUGCAACGUACGCUUCUCCACCUCCAGCUUAGGUAUCUGGAGACGUCCAAACACGGGGUCCUUAGUCGGUAUAACGGAGCGAGGGUUGCCUUUCUGAGCACAGUUGCGCAGACCAUGGCAUUGAAGACGCAGGUUCUCGUGCUAGAGGCGUGGAUGAAGUUAGAUAUGUCUCCGGAGACGGAAGAAAAGAGGGCGUUGGCGAGAGCGAGGUCUCAGCAGAUGGAGAAAGAAGAACGCGAAAUAAAUGAACGGAUAAAGACGCUUGAGGGCGUGGUGGGCGAGUAUGAGGCAUUGGAUCCCGGUGGAAGGGGUGCUGCUGGGGGUGAGAUCAUGGCAAAGCUUGGAAGGAGAUAUGGAGAGAUUGAGGCGGAGAUGGAGACGGUGAAGAGGGAUAUUGACAUGUUGGAAAGAAAGCCGAGGACGUGA